AUGAUUAAUCUAGAAACAUUAUCGGCAAAAAGAGCAACUCCGAUGACAGAGUUGGAAGGUGUAGGAGUUAAAGUGGGUGAGGCGAAGAAACUCUCCAGUAAAGAGCUGAAAGAGCUGCGGAAGACGUUCCAGAUGUUUGACCGGAACGGGGACGGGCGAAUUUCCGCAUCGGAGCUGUCGCACGCCUUCCGGGUGCAGGGUCAGUGUAUACCGGAAGCGGAAAUACGUAGCAUCAUACGGGAGGUGGACGAUGAUGGAAACGGUCAGAUCGAUUUUGAGGAGUUUGUGAGUCUUAUGACGACAAAAUCACAAGAUGCCAGGUCGGCGACACGUGAUGAAUCCGAAUUACGAGAAGCUUUCAAAGUGUUUGAUCAAAACGGGGACGGCAAAAUAAGCUGCAAAGAACUGAAGGCCGUGCUAAACUCAAUCGGCGAGAAGAUGACAGAGCGUGAAUUCGCGGCGCUGAUCCGAGAAGCGGAUAUUGACGGAGACGGCUCUAUUAGUUUUGAUGAAUUCUCAAAAGUGAUCGCUAACAAGUUUGUAUAGACGCCAGGAUACACAGUUAAGAAAGAUAAAGAUUUGUUGCGGACAGUGUGGCAGAACAUCAAACAGAUCGUUGUUUACAACUAUGUGUUCACUAACUACUUAUACUUUAAAAUGUAAUUCUCAUAUUGUCUUGAACGUACAGUCACUUUAUAAACAUUGUAUUUAGUUCAUCAUUUAAGCGCAUAGUUUUGUUCAUGAUUUGUGUGUUCUACUUACACAUAUUUCUAGACAUACCUAAAUGCCAAAAUAUCAAUCAACGUUGAAGUGUAAAACUUUGUAAAAUAUUUUCGAUUUUAUAGAUAUGCCCAUUUUCGUUUACAGUGUGAACUUAAAAAAAUCGUGUGAAUUAAACAUUUAUUUUCUAAUCAUUAGAAAACGUACACAUAGUAUUGAUUUAAGAUAAUUUGUAUUUUAAAUCUCGUGAUACUUGAGUUUUUAAGCGUUAACUUCUGUUCAAUAUUUAAGGGACAUAUUCGCUGCCACUUUUAUAAUCGACACAAAUUAAUUUGAAAACGUUGAUCAGUAUACAGCUUACAGUACGCGUAACAUUUAUACAUGAGCCUUGCUAUGGGAAAUCAAGGCAUGUGCGCAAUGUGUCGUCCCUGAUAAGUCUGUGUAGGCUAAUAAGGGACGAAACGUUCCGCCUAGAUUGAAUUUUCGUUAAGAAGAGACUUCGAUUAGACGACAAAUUCAAUUAAAGCGGAAAGUAUCGUCCCUGAUAAGAUCGUUCGGACAGCCGAGACGUAUGUGGGACGACCUUUUACGCUCAUAUAUUAAACGCCGUUUCCCAUCGCGCCUCAAAUAAAAAGUGAAUUUAAGAUAAAAGCAUAGCAACAGUGUGAUUUUGUUUAUGUGAUCUUCGUUUUUUAGCUUUUUUUAUUGCAUUUGAUCUGAUACUUAUUUUGUGGCUUUGAACCAUUAUUGAACAAUUGUUUUUUUAAACGUGUUAUUAGUGUAGUGUUUACAUGGUUAUUUUUUAAAUGUUUUGUCGAUUAUAAAAUACUUAUUGUAAAUACUGUUAAUGAGACUAGUGUAAAGCAAAUUAAUAAUUAGUUCUGUUCGACCAACAUCUUGAUAAUAAAGAUUUUCAAUGUUCCAUAACAAAUGUCGUACAGUUUCCAUGAGUAUCAAUGGAAAUCUGAUGUCUUUAUUUUAAGAGACCGAUUGGACAAUAUGAUGCAUUGAAACGCAGUUACGGGCAUUACACACGCCUGCAAUAUUACCAUAGUGUAUCAUAAUAAAUUGUGUUGAUUAACAAGGUCACCGACGAAAAUAAAUCAAUUAAUAAAGAGCAUAAAUGAAAAUAAAAUCAUGUGUAUCUUACUAGAAUUUUAUCGUGAGAUCUAAUAUCUAACGACGGACUUUACACACCUGAGUAGGUAAGAAACAUUGCCGACAUUAUCUCACGUAACUCGGACUUUUCAUUGUGUAUUGGUCAAUUAUAAAACGUCUCUUUGUCGUUCCGAUUCUUCGUAUUGAAAUCCUAGGCUUGGGUAAACAUCAUCGUUGUUUCUUGACUACGAUUCCAAACUUAAAAUCGUUGUUUAUUAAAACUGAGUUGUGUUUACUACU